CCCUCAUUCAGUUUCCAGCUGCUGGACGGGCGAAAGGUUUCCCCGGAACUUCAGCCGAUUUCACGGCUGUCGUCGUUUUUAAAUUGGGGUUCGGUCCAAUAUGGCGGCAGACGGAUGGAAAUACUGAUGACAGUCCGAAAGAUCGCCUCGAUUUGUACGAUGGGCGCCAAUGCCUCUGCUUUGGAGAAGGAGAUUGGACCGGAACAGUUCCCCGUAAAUGAACACUACUUUGGGUUGGUUAAUUUUGGCAACACCUGCUAUUGUAACUCGGUGCUGCAGGCUCUGUACUUCUGCCGGCCCUUCCGGGAAAAAGUAUUGGCCUACAAGGUCCAGCCGAGGCGCAAAGAGAGCCUGCUCACCUGUCUGGCAGACCUCUUCAACAGCAUUGCCACGCAAAAGAAGAAAGUAGGAGUUAUCCCUCCUAAGAAGUUCGUUUCACGGCUGAGGAAAGAAAAUGAGCUGUUCGACAACUACAUGCAGCAAGAUGCUCAUGAGUUUCUCAACUACCUGCUCAACACGAUUGCAGACCUGCUACAGGAGGAGAAGAGCCAGGAGCGGCAGCAGAACGGCAAGCUGGUGCAGAACGGAGGUGGAGGGGGAGGAGGAGGAGGAGGAGGUGGCAGUGGGAGCAGUACAGGAGAGGCUGAAUCAGACGAAAAGACUCAGGAGACCUGGGUGCACGAGAUUUUCCAGGGCACGCUGACCAAUGAGACGCGCUGCCUCAACUGUGAAGCGGUAAGUAGUAAAGAUGAGGACUUCUUGGACCUCUCUGUAGACGUGGAGCAGAACACCUCUAUCACACACUGUCUCAGGGGAUUCAGUAACACAGAGACCUUAUGUAGUGAAUACAAGUACUACUGUGAGCAGUGUCGGAGUAAGCAGGAGGCACAGAAAAGGAUGCGGGUGAAGAAACUACCCAUGAUCCUCGCACUGCACCUCAAGCGCUUUAAGUACAUGGACCAGCUGCAUCGCUAUACCAAGCUGUCCUACCGUGUGGUCUUCCCUUUAGAACUGAGGCUUUUCAACACCUCUGGAGACGCCACUAACCCUGACCGCAUGUAUGAUCUUGUGGCUGUGGUGGUGCACUGUGGGAGUGGUCCAAAUCGUGGUCAUUACAUCACCAUAGUGAAGAGUCACGGCAUCUGGCUACUGUUUGAUGAUGAUAUUGUAGAGAAAAUAGAUGCCCAGGCAAUAGAGGAGUUCUACGGGCUGACGUCUGACAUUUCCAAAAACUCAGAGUCAGGGUACAUCCUCUUUUACCAGUCCAGAGACUGAGCCAACGGGAGUGUGAGAAUGUGGCUUUUCGUGAAAGUCAGGCUUAGGGAGAAGGCGGAGCUUGGGCUAGGUAGGCAUGCUCCGCCCCCCCCUCCACUUCAGACCCUCUCAAGUGGAGCCCCCCCCCGAGUCAUCCAGGUCUGUCAGCGAGGCUUUGCACCGGAGCAUCAGACAGCAGACAGGAGCAGUUGACGCCAGAGCGGCCUGACCACGGCACAACCGUUUCCAACCAGAAGCAAUGGCAGUCUGGAGGCUUUUCCAUCCCCACGCUUCCCUGCUUUUGUGUUGCUGAGUUCCAUGCACACAUUCUCCAUCAGUCACCGCUGAGGAGCCACAACAAACCUCGGACGGCAUAACAAUGGACACAUUUGCAACACAAUCACUUUGUAACAGGUUGACCUACCUGCUUGAGAAAGGUGAUGUAGGGAGGUCUGAUGUUUAGGAAUUCAUUUCGCUGCAUGACCCUUCGAAUUAAGUCUCGGUAUGGCGGAGUGAUCCACUGUAGAAGAGAGGUAAUGUUCUUGGCACAGCAUCAUAUUUGAUGAAGAGAUUUCCACUCCUGUACAUUGUGGUACAUCUGAUGAUCUGCAGUGUGAAACAACUGGCACUACUUGCUUAACAGCCAGCUAUUUAUGAUUGUCUCUCAAUUUUAGAGUUAGGUUCUUUAGUUGUCAUAUUAAAUGUGGCAAUAAUACAGCACAUUUCUGCUCCAUCUCAGCAAAUGGGUUUGGCUGGUGUUAAUUACAGUGAUGUGGAUGAGUUUCUAUUUUUUUCCCUUUUUUAUUUAGGGAGGUAUUAAGUGAUCAUUCACAGAAAUGUUGUUUUGGAAGAAAGCCUGCAGCAGGCUGGCAGUGAAUGAAGUGACAUCUGCGUGGUGAAGCAGAGAGGAUUUUGGGUACUGGUGCAGUGCCUGUAUAGCAAUUUUAGUUGCAAAUGAGGUUGGUUUGGCUUUAGGGCUGGCGGAUGAAUAUAAAACGAAUGUAAAAUGUUCAGAUGUUUUGAAUGGCGCAUUGUGCAAGUGCAAUGCUUCGAUUGUGUCAUGAAGUUUACGCUUCAGAGUGCACACUAUCCUCUGUAGAUGGUUAUAAAAAUAAAUAGAUUUAGCUGCGUUUGCUCAUAUUCAUAGAUUGCAGUUUUGCAACUUAAAGCACAUAAUUGCUGGAUACAGAGGCAUUGCUAGCCCUGUUUUUGGCUGAUUUUGGUUCAGUGAAGGUUUGUUUUACAGCAAGGGGUCCAGGGAUCCUUUGUUUUUUAUCACUUCCAAUUGAGUAGCUACUGUCCUCUGAAAACUCCUUAUUGUUCUCCAAGUUCUCUCCUUGUCUUUAUGUUCUGUAUCUGUUGUGAAGUGAAGCACAGCAUUGCAGACCGUUUGUUUUCAUGUGACCAGGAGAACCUGUCCACAAGUAUCAAAUCUCACUCGUUCAGCUCAGUUGCACAACAGUGGAUGGGCUUACUUAAUGGGUCACUGGAACAGCUCAACGUUGCCCUGUAACUGGUCGCGUGUGAAUUUCACAAAAUCAUCAUAGCACAAAGAACAGCAUAAUCAUGUUAGGAUGUGAGCUAUAAUUUAUAUAUUUAUUUAUAUAUAUAUACAUAUAUAUAUCAAAUUAUCACAGCCACUCGUGCUCGGCUUAAAUUUCCGUUAUUAUAAGCUGUGUUCAUUGUAGCAUAGCAGAUUCUUUGGGAAAAUGUGACCCGUGUCGUCACCCCCUCCUCCCCUCUCGUUUUUUUGGAGUGUGUCUGCAGUCAGUGAUCCAUUGACUGCAGUAUUGCUGGGAUGAACAUGCUCAGUCUCUGUUAGUGUGAGGGCAUGUGAGGUGAGUACAGUCUCUUACUGGAGCUAAUAAAACUCCACAGGAAGCUAAAUAGCCGGAUAUUCUGCUUUUCCACUGCAUAUAUGUACCUACACUACUUGACUUGACUCUCCUUGCCUUUUUUUUUUUUUUUAAUUAAGAAAACUAGGAAAAAAUUGGCAGCUGGCAUCAUCACUCUGUAUAACACAAUGCAUAUAUAUCCAGCACAAACUAGCCAUGUGUACGAACUCCAAGCUACAAUACCAAUUACCUUUUUAAUUUAUUUAUUUUUAUACUAGGAGUGUAAAUCACACACCUCCUGAGGUUAUGCACUGCCUCUUUUUCAACUGCCGCUGAUUCAGCAUCACUGGGCAGCCUGUGUGCUCGGCUUUCAUGCUUUAAACUAGGGCUGCAAAGAUUAGUUGAUACAAUCGACAAUGUUGAUUAUUUAAAUUGUUGACUACAAAUUUUAUUGGUAACUAAUCGUUAAUUUGUAACAGUACUGCAUUACUUAAAGUGAUGAAGCGCAAUGGGAGAUGGGUAAAAGGCACACUCACACAGAUUACACUCAACUUAGUCUGUUUCUCCAAAAGUGCCCAAACUCCACAGACUACAUACAUAUUUAAUCACUAUAGAUCAGUAAUUUCCAUGUUCUAACAUUAUCUAGACAUUUAAAUCUCAUGUUAAGCUGUUUCUAUUGUUUUUGGAGAUGUAGGACAUGGCAGAAAUCAUUGUUGAAUAAUUCACUAAUCGAAAAAUUGAAUAAUUCUCAGAUUAGUCGGCUACCAAAAUAAUCAUUAGUUGCAGCGCUACUAUUAACCCACUCCUGUGAGAGCAAGUCCAGUUGUGCUGUUUUGGACUCCGACUGCUGAUGCCAAUCAGCACAACUUGAUGUUCGAACCAGCAAUCCUCAGACAAUUGUAUCAGAACCAAUCAGAAAAUGGUUCAAAUGUUCCUUUUAUUGAUGGCUGAUGAAAGAAUCCAGCGACGGCUGUGAUGUGACCAGCUACAUUUUGAGUGCGAAGAGCAGUGGCCAUGGAAAGCCAACCAGGUAGCAGAUAAGGGAGGGAGUAGAGUCAGGCAGUGUAGGUACCAUGUGGUGGAAAAGCAUCAUUUAGAUUUUGCCUCUCUAAACAUUAAUCUCUCAAAUUAACAAACGCAUCAAAACAAAGUCUCGACAACUAUUAUCAUGGCACAGUUGUGUGUAAUGUUUUGUUUGUAACUUACCAGUUAAUCCUUACCAACUAACUGCACACAAAUUUCUUUUGUCCCUGCAUUAAAAUGAGCUCAUCCUGUGUUUCCAACUCAAUCUGACCACCAAGAAGAUGGUAUUAAUGCUUGCAAAUAAUGUUUCUUGAAGCCACUUAAAUGGCCUCGUGUAAAUGGCAUGUUUGUUUAUUUUGCCUCUUAUUUUGCAAUUCACAUCAUUCACACGAGGCAUCUAAAGCUAACAGAGCUGCAUUUAAUUCCACAUCAUCUGCAAAACAUGUAUGAUAACAGCUUAUGCAUGGGGUUACAGCUGUUUAAAGCUUGUAUAAAGGUUAUAAACAAUGGGCAGCAGCAGCAAGCAUAAUAACUCUGUUAAGACAAACUAGUUCUGAAGUUUCGAAUGUAAAGGGUUGUGCCUUUACAAGCUGUUUUCUUGAUAAGAUGUUUAUAACAAUUAUACUUCUUUUCUAACAGUUUGAACGAAACUGAUAGAUUUAACAUGCGUUUAAUCUGCUAGUGUGCAUUAACUGGAUAUUUUAUAUCUUUGAUUUGAUUUGUUCGAAUUGAUAUAUGCGAUUAUUUUGUUGUACUUCAUAAUUUAUGUAAAAUAACUUAUUUUUUCUUAGAUGUUCACAGUUUUAUAUAUUUUGCUAAUUAGCCAUUUAUUUGGGCAUGCCACUGGUAUUGUGGGAUUAAUAGUGGCUGGAGGAAUGUGUGAAUGAUAAUGGGAUAUAGUUGGGGUUUGUUUUUUGGUGGGCAUAAUAUGAAGGUGGGCACACUUUGAGUCAGGUAGGCUAUGAGAAAGCAGUAGCAGUUAGCAUCUUCAGAUAUGCAGUAGGCUACAUGGCAAGGGUCAUUUGUAUUCACUGACAACCAUUUAUGCACUGAUCGUAAUACUUUUAACUAGAUUUGGCAUUAGCAAGCUAGAUUCUAGCUUCUGCAAGUGUUAAGUGCAGUGCUGCCUAUUGCUAAGAUUCAUGCUUACAUUCAUUAUACCAUAGUGUGUAAAGUUAUGGAAGUUGAGUGAUUACCCACCCUGCCCCAACCACUGUCUCUUUCAUACAGUGGCAUCAUUUGAUUCAAUGUGGGUUUAAAUAAAAGUGCACUUUUGACAAACAAUGUACAGAUUGUAAAAUAAAGGGUUUGGGAUGAAGUGUAUGGAAUGAAUGAAAGUUAAGACUGGUCCAACCUGUCUGCAAAUAAUAAAAGAAAAACAAUAAAUAAAAACAAAUAAGACAUCAA